CUUGUGUACAUUUUCGAAGUGCCGUAUCGUAUUGCGCAAAUAUCGACAUGUGUGGAAACGUAACAUAAAAUUAUUUUUUAUUUCUUCGAUACAAUGACACAAUUAAUUUUAAUGGUAUACAUACAGAAAAAAUUAAUUUUUGUAAAAUGUGAUUAUGUUCGUUUCGGUUAGACGCAGCGAAAGAAUAAUAUAAAAAAAAAAAAAAAGAUGCGGUUGUUCCAAGAAGUUUAGCGUAAUUGCAAAAGUAGGUGACCUCUGUUGGCAAUUGAAAAUCAAUAAAGUGCAGUGGAGUUCGUGGGCACAAUUCGCAGGAAAGGAAAGCAGCUUCAUUUCGAGGUUAUGUUAGCAGAGUUUCUGAACAAGAAGACGCGGAGCGUCGAUUCUAUUUUUGAUCCGGCGAAGUGUUUAUUCUUGCCAGUCGUAGGCGCGCGUCACACAUUAUAAUGCAUCUAAAUGUGAGAAGAAGUCACGAAAGUUCUGUGAGAUAGUACAAACAUGGGUAGAAGAAAAUCUCACGGAUCGUCCAAAAGUAAACAACACGUUCCGCAUCAAAGGCAAUUGUCUAUAACGAGAAGAAACGAGAUAAACGCUUUAUGCGAGAAAUUAUUUCAUCUCAGCAGUAAUUCAGCAUACGCUACCCAACUAUGGAACAACUAUAUAGAGAUAUCGUCAGUUUUGGAGAAGGUUAAACGGUUGGAGGAGAUGAAGACGGAGUCGUCGAAGCGGUCCCAGGGGAUUGGACAAUUUAUGAAUUGGCUCAAAGAGAAUGGGGCAAAUAUUGAUGGAGCAAGCGUAGCUGAGUUCCCAGGAUACGAUUUAGGCUUAAAAGCUGAACGAAAUGUCCUUAAGAAUGAGUUGAUGUUAAGGAUACCGAGAGGACUUAUUUUUAGUGUACAUAAUGCUGCACCAGAAUUAACUGUUCUCCAAAAUGAUCCAUUGAUACAGCAUAUGCCACAGGUAGCACUGGCGAUCGCGCUUCUUAUCGAAAGGCAUAAAGAAAAUUCGAAAUGGAAGCCGUAUUUGGAUAUUCUUCCUACCAGUUAUACCACCGUAUUGUACAUGACUGCUGCUGAUAUGAUCGAACUUAAAGGCAGUCCUACUUUAGAAGCUGCAUUAAAACAGUGCAGAAAUAUUGCAAGACAGUAUUCCUACUUUACCAAGGUGUUUCAAAAUAACAAUAACGCGGUGUCCGCUAUACUCAGGGAUGUUUUUACGUACGAAAGAUACUGCUGGGCUGUCUCCACGAUAAUGACCAGGCAGAACCUACUUCCUAGCGAGGACGGCUCACGCAUGAUCUAUGCCUUGAUCCCGAUGUGGGACAUGUGCAAUCACGAGAACGGGAGAAUCUUCACGGAUUUCAACGAAACAUCAGACAGUUGCGAGUGUUACGCUCUGAGGGAUUUCAAGAAAGGAGAACAGAUAUUCAUUAGUUACGGACCUAGAACGAAUUCCGACUUUUUCGUACAUUCUGGAUUUGUUUAUAUGGAUAAUAAAGAAGAUGGCUUCAAACUGCGUCUUGGAAUUAGCAAAGCCGAUUCUCUGCAAAAGGAACGUAUAGAAUUAUUGAACAGAUUAGACCUACCUCCUGUGAGCGAAUUCCUGUUGAAACCAGGAACGGAACCAAUUUCUGAUUUAUUGCUGGCGUUUUUGAGGGUGUUCAGUAUGCGUAAAUCCGAACUGACGCAUUGGCUGCGAUCGGAUCGGGUUCACGAUUUGAAGCACAUGGAUUGCGCUUUGGAAACUGUCGUCGAGGAGAACAUCAGGAAGUUUCUGCUUACCAGGUUGCAGCUCUUAAUUGCUAAUUACCCGACGACUCUGAAGGAAGAUCUUCAGCUGCUCGAAACGUCGUUGCCGCAAAUUAAAAAGUUAGCCAUUCAACUAAGAGUAACGGAAAAAAAGAUUCUUUUAGCUGCUCUCGAAUACGUGGAACAAUGGAUCAAGGCUUAACGAAAAAUUCACGAACUGAUUUUCUUUUCUGAGAUCGUUCUAAUUCUAUUCGACGUGGGUUUGAUAUAAACAAAAAUUUAGCCAAAAUAAUUCUUUGAAUGAUUAAAGGUACAUAUAAAAAAUAGUACGAGAUAAGCAAAACGCAGGCAGAAAAGGGAGCAAUGGUGUAAAGUAUACUAAUGUGUAUAAACAUUCAACAAACUAUAUAUACAUAUAUAUAUAUGUGUAUGUACGUGUAUUAUUAACAACUAUACAAUGCAAUGUAAAGUAAUUACGUGUUCCAAAGGAUCUCGAUUCUUGUUUUCGAGAGAUGAGAACUUUACAAAAUAUAAACUGUGUUUAUCUAACGCGUAAAUAUUUUUCGUCGAGCUUAUACUUCCAGUCAAUGUGCUAAUCAAGUUCUAAUCUCUGAUGACAAGAUUUGACGAACGCAAUACAUUUAUUUCAGCUUUGAUAAAAAAAAAAAGAACAAAAACAAAAAUGUACAAAUGAAAUGUUAUUAUUCAUGAAUAUUUAUUUUUCAAAGAGGAUAGUUCAGAGAUCUAAUUCUUUAUGUAAGCUAUUACGUGGUUUACACGGGCCUACGAAAUCAGACUUACAAACAAUUAUGCGCCGUAAGAUUUACCAAUAUAUCUAUCGAAUUCUAAUAGUACACAUAAAAAUAAGACAAGCAGCGAGUUCCAGAUAUUUCCCAGCCAUUACAGUUGUAUCAUAUCAUGUUUACCCCUAAACUUCUAUGCGGUGAUUUAAGAAAACUUUGCGCUUACACGGAUAUUAUAACUAUACUUUAAAAAUUUAUCUACACAAAGGCGUAAAUGUUUCGAUCUCAUAUAAUAAAAAAUAAUACCAUAAUAAAUUAGAUGGCGCUACAGCAGGACUGAUAGCUUUCUGUAUUGCUUUUUCAAUACAGCGGGGCAGACAUGAUACAAUUAAAUACAAAUGUUACGUUAACUUAACAUUACAUUUUCCCCUAAUAUAAAACACAGAGAAUGUAUGGUUACAUUACUUCGACGAAUCGCUAAAAAAAGUUAUCGUCUUGUUAUCUGAUCCAAAAAGUUCUAUAAGUAGAGUGAUUGUAUGAGAUUCUUAAUUAUAUUCUUAAAGUGAUAUUAUCGACUUCGUGACAAUACGAGUAACCGGAUGAAUGACGAUAUUCUGUAUCUUAUAUAAUCGCUAAAAAAAUAUACCUGUACAUGUUCAUCCUUUCUUCAGGUGAGGUCAAACUGCAAUACAGUUUAUUUAAGAACUUUUUGAUCAGAUAA